AUGUCGAUUCUGAGCUGUGCCAAUUCGGAGCUGGUCACCGAAAACGGAGAUUCGCCAGACUUGAAACAACCAAGAGAUGUACUGUCUAAUCUUCACGAGGAAACUAGCUCAUCUUUAGACCAACCACCUACAAAAAGGAAAAGACAAGCCAAGAGUAGUAAAUCAAACGAUAAUGUCAGUGUAACAAGGCGAUUAGCACAAGCAUCUCGUACUCUCAGGGCCUGUGAUCUUUGUCGAAAACAAAAAACAAGAUGCUUUCGAUCUCCAGAAAAUCCAAAUGCGUGUCUACGCUGCCAAUUUGUCCACAAGACCUGUUCCUUUGAAGUUGAAGCUGAAGUUGACGCUGAGAAUGGGGAAAUUGGCACUAAUGUGAAUAGUAGCACCAGCUCUCAGAAAAACAGGGAACAUAAAUUGGACUUGAUAUUGAGUGGAGUUUAUAAACUCAUUAGAAUUGCCGAGAAAACCAACUUGGAAACCGUUGAUACAGAUGUGCACAAUAGUGAUACGCAGCUAUUAUUAGACGUUGCUAGUUCCAUGCAGAGUGAAGGAGGCAGUGGUGGUGGUGAAGAGGAGGAGACAAUUGUCAGCAUUGAUGACAUAGAUUCAAGUGCACCUAAUUUCCAAUCUGGUUCAACGACAUCAAUAACUUCACCAUUUUCAAUUCUUAAAUACGCAACUUUGACUAAACCUGCUAGUUAUCAACCUACUCCAAUUAUGAAAUUAUUCACGUUGUCGUCUCAACAACAAUCUCAAGAUAAUCUAGUAGACUUGGGUAUUUUAACAGAGCAUGAAGCUAUUGCAUUAAUGGAUGAUUUUAGGAGAAACUAUGGUCGUUGGGUAUCGUUCCCCAUUAACUUGUCCACGCAAAUACUCGUUUUGGAUCUAAAGCAAAGGUCACCGCUAUUGCUUGCUACUUGCUGCUGCCUCACUUUAAGGUACAUUUCCCUUAACGAUGAAGCAGCAGUUUGGAAAUUUCACCAACUAAGUAAAAUUUUGAUCCGCCAUUUGAAUCAAUCCUUAUCAAUGAUUACUUGCUUUCUGAGUAGUGAAUAUGGCUUUGUUGAAUUCUUACAAAGUUUAGUUGUGCUUAGUAUUUAUUCGACUUCCCUAUCUGCCUUAGUGGCAAGCAUCGCCAAAAUCAAACAUGAUUCUGAACUCAUGGAAUUUAAUUUAGAUCCUUGGCAAAUAUCUAGUGUUGGUAUUACUGCGUUUCUAACCAAGUCAACAUUUCAGUUAUUCCGUACAAGUGACGGAGCGAAUGAGCAAACCAGGCAAAAUAAUGGUUCGUAUGGCACCUUGACAUUACUUCGAAUCUACAAUCAUUUAUGUCUAGUACACAUUAUCAAUUCUGUAUUUUCUGGGCGAAUGGCAGUGGUAGAUGAUUCAAGGGUUAAGUAUUGUAGCUCUGUAUUGAGUUUAUUUGAUGCUACAAAUUUCGAUGGUAGAAUGGUGGCAGAGAUUUAUAUCUUAUAUUCAACUUAUAGAUACACCCAACUAGGCAAUAAUAAUAGUGCAUCAAGACCUUCUUCCCUUAUAGAAUCCGAUUUUAACGAUGUUUUAAAAGAGUUUCACCAGUGGCACCAAAAUUGGGCGUACUUACUCCAGCAGCCAGCUUUGCAGUUUGUUGAGCUUACUUAUAAUUUUUGCUUAGUGUUGGUAAACUACGUACGUUUGUUUCAAAAAGUAAUGAUACCACAUGAAGCACAAAAACAACUUGAUCUUGAUCCACAGUUAAUGACCAAUACCUUAAUCCAAAGUAGUGCUCAAGAACUAACCAAAAUGUGUGAAUGUGCCGAAAAUGUGGCUAAUCACAUGAAUGCAAUCAUCAAUGAUCUGUACCUUGCUUACUUGUCUGAUCAAGUACAUUUUUGUUGCUAUUUUAGUGGUAUUUUUUUGAUCAAUAUAGUCAAAGUCAUGGAUAAGAAGGAGGCUUUAGAAAUGAAAAGAAGAAAACACAAGGCAGUAAACACCGUUAAGAAUCUCAUACGGCAGUUUAAUAAAAUAAGCAUAAACAAUGGAGAGGACAUAUUUUCAAAAUACGCAGCGGGUCUACGUGAGUGUCUCAUGGAAAUAUAG